AUGGCACGAUCCAGGGUUCCACCUUCGUUGGAGUCUGGGGCCUGAGGUGGAUGAGACCACACUGGAUGGUUGGAAGAGCCGCCUCUCUGGAAAGGGACGAAGCCAGGAGGAAGAUUACAGAGGCGCCAGGCCCAGGGCUCUACCAUGCACCUGCCGAGGCUCCACUGGAGAUCGGGGGCCCGCCAACUUACCCCACCCCAUGACCUCAUGGCUGCGUUUGCCAGGCGCUGGCUCAGGCAACACCCCACAGAGCAGAUGCCUGGAUGGGCCAUAGGCCAAACCGGACCAAACUCCUUGGAGAGGAGGACCUGGCUCAAGACGGCACCACAUUUCCAUGUCAUUUCCAAGUGGCACCAAGAGGGCUAG